UUUGUGGCGUACGAUUGGUGCGUCGUUAGUGUCUGUUCGUAGCACCAGUUGUUGGGAAAACGGAUUUUCCUCUUUAGUUCUUUCCACGGUUUUCUCGUUCAUUGUGAGGGGUCUUGUUGCGAGGAGGAGCUUCUUCUUAAACUAAUGAAAAUCAGAUGUUAGGCUACCAUCUCUGCCUGGCAUGCCUCAGAGUCUACGGCCACAGAGUGAAGCUGAAGUGCCACAGCAAAGCUGCUGGACAUUGAUAGACCUGUGUGCAGCCAGUAUUAUAGUCAUUAUACAGCUAUUUACAACCUAUGAGGAGUUACUAUCUACAGGGACCCACGAGGAGCAGAACACUGCUACCUCGCAGCCAUGAGUUCUCAGACAGGCGUUGGCAGCGGCAUGCUGUUCCAGACCAUAAAUGAUGACCUAAAUGCAUCGCUGGCUACAGCGGACGAGUUAUCCAGAGAGUUUAACUCCCUGCUGAAGGAGGCCUCCUCCAACAACAACAAUACAGUGUCCGAGCCUCAGACCAGCCAUACAAUCACCCCAGAGAAGCCUCAGUCCACAGAGCUGCCCAACAUCUGCGUCUCUACAAGGCAGUCAGGUAGCAGCAGCAGCAAUGGCAGCUCCGCCUCUAUGCCUUUCUCCCCGAGCUCAACAUCUUUCCGUUCUGUGGACUCCAUCAUCUCCAGCAAUAAAAAGGCACCAUCCCCCCCUGUCUUCACCACCAGCCCACGCUCAUCCCCCAAGAGCCACAGGAGGGCAAACUCUCCACUUCCUCGAACUGGAUCCGACAGCUACUUGCACGGCCAGUCACCUCAGAGCCGAAGACGCAAUUCCCCCUCUCAUUACGACAGGAGCCCACGAGGUUCAACGAGUUACAAAGAUAGAAGCCCUUCCCCGAGCCCCAAAGGUUUUGACCAGCCACCUCACUCUCCUUCACUCCACUCCUCCUUCAAACUGCUGAGCCCUUAUGACAACAGCCCGCAGGGCCGCAGGUCGCCUCGGCCGGACAGAAGCCCCUCUCCUUUGUCUUUCAAUCAUCCAAUGUCCAACACUCUCCCGAAAAAUUUUGGUAUCAGGCAUUCUGAUGAGGGUGUGCAGCGGCAAAAGAGUCCUGGCAAGUGGAAUGAGACGGAUCUGGAUGUGUCCUAUGAGAGAAAACCUCACCACACCUAUGACAAGACAGAUUGGCUGCGGCGAUCUGUGCCAAGUAGCAGCUGGAGAGAAUCCAAUCUUGAUGGACCUCCUCCAGCACCGAGCCCCAAAAAGGAUCCUCGCUCUCCAUCUCUCCCGUUUUCCCAUGGUUCUCUUCCCCGUAACACACGCAUAUCAGUACCUCCAGAUGUCACAUCCCCAGCCCACUCCCCUUACUACCCUCAGCCCAUCAUCUCCCGUAUUUCUAUUCCCCCAACUUCUACUCAGUCCCGUCAGCGCAAACCCAUCCCUCUCUCUGUCAUCAUGCGUCUCCAAAACCCUCAUUGGGGAGCUAUGGCAACCCGCCACCCCAGAGUCCUAGGAGGAGAAGGGGACAUGCCCCCUUACCAACCUGCCAUACCCAUGCCCAGGGAAUUCUUCCACCAACCUGUACUCCAGCCUCUGCAACACCCACCUGAGCUGAGACAGCCAGCCAUAUACAGCGAUGUGCUGAACCCAGGGGAUAUAGAUGCAGAGUUAGAGCGGAUGGACUUUGUUCAUCACAUCCCUGUGAUUUGUGAGAAUCCCAGCAUACCAGGGGGUGGUAUUGAGCAGGGCAUGCCGCUUGCUCCCCGGCCCCUGAGCCCCACCAGGCUGCAGCCAGUCGUGGCCCCUGAGGCCCAGUCCCAGGAGAUCCCUGACCUGGAGGAGCUGCUCCGUAUCCGGGCAGAAAUCCCCCGGGCGCUGAAGAGACGGGGCUCCGUGGACCAGUCACAGCCCCUGAAGAGGGCCUCGCACUAUCAGCCAAACCAGUACAAAAAUCUCAUUAACAAGCUUUUUCGCAGGAAGGAUCGCCGGCAGAAGGGGGAGCAGGGUAGCGAGACCAGCAGCUCCUCAGAAGGAGAGGACAGCGCUAUGCCUCCUGCCCCUCUACCUCAGACAUCCUCACUGAUUCCCCAUGACUUCAGAAGCUACCAUUCUAUUCUGCGGCGGUCCAAUCGGGAGCGCAGAGGUACCGGGAAUCGAGCUCGGCUCAGUCCACUGGUCCUGCUGCUGGACGGAGCGUUGGUCGGAGAACUGGAGACAGUGCAGAGAGCAGUGCAGGAGAUGAACGACCCCAGCCAACCCAAUGACGAAGGCAUCACCGCCCUUCACAAUGCGAUCUGCGGAGGCCAUUACAAUGUGGUGGAUUUCCUUGUUCGCAUCGGAGCCAAUGUCAGCUCACCAGACAGCCACGGCUGGACUCCACUGCACUGUGCAGCCUCCUGUAACGAUCGUCCUCUGUGUGAGUUUUUGGUGAGGAAUGGAGCCGCUGUCAUGGCCAUGACAGAGAGCGACGGCGCUAUUGCCUCCCAGAAGUGUGAUCCUUAUGCUGUUGCAUUCGAGGAGUGUGAGAGUUUCCUAAAGGGUGUGGAGGAGGCCAUGGGGGUGGAGAACAGUGGGGUGCUGUAUGCUCUAUGGAGCUACCCGGCUCAGGCGGCCGAUGAGCUGAGCUUCAGAGAGGGAGACAUGGUCACUAUCCUGCAGAAACCUGAGGGGUCGGGGUGGUGGUGGGCCUCACUCUGUGGAAGGGAGGGAUUUGUUCCAAACAACUACUUUGGGCUUUUCCCGAAGAUUCGACCAAAAUCUCUCUGCUAAGUGGUCUCUUGAUGAUCAACCUUGGUCAAACUGGUGCAGAGGACUGUCUCAAAAAGAAAUCUCUGUGUGUUACAGCUUCACACUGUUGUUUGAAAGGACCGUGUCUGUGCGAUUAUGAAAGGGCUGUCUCGCUGCAGGGCAUGAGAAAUGUUUUUGAUCUGUCAUUCAAGGAGAGUUGAAGGAGAAGUCUCAGUAUUCACUUUAGCUGUACUGACGAGGAUAAAUCUUUAUAGGUGACAUCAUUCGUACUGGCUCCUCUGUAGGAUAUCUUUUCUAGUAAAGCUGCACAAUGCUGCACCGUGUCGGGCUGAGCUAUGUGUGUCCGUCCAAGGGUUACAAAAGGGCCAUGUUCCCUGCUGUUCCAGUAAGUCAUUGGCUGGUUACUAAUCAGAACGCAAACAGUGGCUGUUGGUGUUCGGCCCAUUCAUCGGCGAGGUCAUUGUAACUGUAUGCUGUCAACAAACAUGAACCACGAUUGCUCAAUUUAGAAAAGGACGGCUUCAUUCGGAGCUAAACCAACCCACUCAUUACGGGCACGGGAGUUGUCUACUGCUACAUCAAAGAAGCGUUGUGCACUUUUUGUGAAAGAGAGUCGACAUGGAGCUUUUAUUCUUUUAUAAUAUUUUCUCUAUGUACUACAUCUACACUGUUUUUGCUGAUAGAUUCAUAGAUGUUAGUGUUAGUCUCCACGGUCACUGGAACUAUUGUGUGAGGCAAGGUUUAUUGAUCCUAAUACACAUUCCUGACUUUACCAGCCGCAUAUAAUGUUUGAUAUUUGACGUUUUCCUACCAAUGUGCCUGUAGACUUUAUAGAAUAUUUUUUUAAAUCAGCCGCAGCACGACUUCGACAGCAUUUGGCUCGUUUCCACUUGGCUUUAGUCUUUACACACACUGUUGGUCCUCUGCUAUAUUUUUUAUGCUGCCUAUAUAAAUUAAUCCUGUUUGAAAGAGAACGUGUGUUUUCUAUGACAAUGAAACUGGUCACGUGUGUGAUGUGUUUGUAUUCACUGAGGUAGAAUGAGUAUUCGAUGAUGCGUUUGUUUUUUAUGUUGUUCAUUGUAACAAUUUAGUGGGACAGCUGUGCACUAAACCUGUAACCCGUCACACACAGGGGCACACAGCGACCAAAUGUUUAGGUAUUCAUGAAAUAAAUGAGUUACAUGUU